AUGGUGAGCCGUGUGAUCUCAGAAUUUACUCACACUUCCGUCAUGUUUCCCCCCUUGUCUUCUUUUCCCUUCUUGUAGUUGAUUCCGCAGCGAUGUGCUGCCGCCUUGGUAGUUUUGUUUUACGUUGACCGCGCUGUGUUGGUCUUAUCCUUUGCUAGAUUUCGCCCUCGUUCUCAUGCGUCAGCUUAAAACAUUUGCUCUGGUAAAUAGGAUGCAUCACAGGGAACAGUCUGACGAUUUUUUCAAUUUUAUUGGUCAAUCUGUUAAUCGGGUCUAUUCAGGGUUCUCCUCCUUUUAAUGCGGGAAACACAAGGUCGAAAGCUCUGUUGCAUUGCUUAAUUCUCUUUGCAAUCUUCUGAAUUCUCACUCUAAUUUAACGUGAUGUAUGCCUAUGUGAAAUGCUUUAUUCUAAGAUUUCGUUGACCUUUCUGUUAUAGGGAUGUUGGAUGUAAUGCUUAAGGUUGUCAGCAACACAGAACUAUAUAAAAUAAAUUGGGUGGAUCAGAUAAACGAUAUGCAUAACUAUUUUUUGGACUCUGUAGUCGCAACUUUUGUUCUUAUUUACUAUGAAUGGGUUUCGCAGUAGUAUGGAGCUCCUGCUUCACUGGUAGAGCUGUGUGCUUCUAGAUCUUCCUUGUUGAUUUAAGUUACGAAACUGGUCAAUUUGUUUACUGUGAUUAGAUGAGAUUUUUGUGAAUGUCAACCUCUUGACUUGGUUGUUUGCUAAUGUCAACAAUUGUCCGUGUUUUAUUCUUCUAAAUUUAAGCUAGCAAGAAUAAACAUAAUUCUUUCGGUAGAAAAAAGUUCCGUGUUGUUUAAUUUUUUUUAUUUUCUUCAUAUGAGGGAUUGCUAUUUUGUUUUGCCCUCUUUAACCUUCCAAUGAUAGGAAGUUUGCCUUUUUUACCUUCUCUGUUUUACUUUAUUGCGUAUUGGGAAUGAUUUAGAUUCUGAUUAACUUCUUUGCCUUCUUAUUUUUGACUUGUUCUCUACUGUCCUUUUUUUCUGCAGGUGGAAGGAAAAUCUUGUCUGUCUAGGGAGGUUAAGACUAGGUUAGAAAUUCUCAAGCGUAAAAGGCUUCAGCAAUUGAAAUCGGGUGUCACACACGGAAGGGAUGUUUCUAAUAUGAGGACGAGAAGUGGAGGGGAUGCCUUGAAAGCAUCUUCUUCUUAUGGAUGCCCACCGCAGGGCAAUGCAGAUGGAUUUGCUUUCAACUUUAAUGCCUCUCCUGCAAAGGAUGCCUUUGCUAAGCACAAGGUUGAAAAGCUUCCAAUUUCAAACUUAGAAUGGAUUGAGAAAAUCCCGGAAUGCCCCAUUUUUUCUCCAUCGAAAGAAGAGUUUGAGGAUCCGCUCAUCUACUUGCAAAGAAUUGCUCCCAUUGCUUCAAAAUUUGGUAAUAUUCAAUUUCCUGAUUUUAUUAUUUCUAGGUACUACGUCAAUGUAUGCUUUGUUCGAUCUAGGUCCUGUAUUUUUAAAGCCAUCCUCAUCACAAAUGCUUUUCUCAAUCACAUCAAAGCUCUUCUGUCUAACGACUAAUUUCUGAAUCUCAGGAGACUCACUGUUCAUUUUCAUUUUCAUGUCUUCUCUUUAAAGUAUCUUUUUUGUUGAUAUUUCAAUGGUUUCCUUCAAUUUUGUCGAAUCGAAUCAGAACAUUUGCUUUAAUUCUCAUAAGACAGGAAUAUACCAUCGACUUAAGUUGUGUUGCUCCAUAUUUCUUUUCCUGGCAUCAAGUUCUUGAUCUCAACAGAAAUACUGCGACGUACAUUUGGUGAUAUUUGUUGGAAGAUAGAAUGGAGAAUAGUUAUUGUCCACAUAUAUUUAGCUUUAAAUUACAUUCUGGAGCUUACGUGUAGUACAAUGCUGUAGGCAUUUGCAAGAUAAUAUCCCCGUUGAGUGCCUCUGUACCUGCUGGCAUGGUAUUAAUGAAGGAGAAAGCUGGAUUCAAGUUUACGACCAGAGUUCAGCCUCUCCGUCUUGCAGAGUGGGAUAGAGAUGAUAAGAUUACAUUUUUCAUGAGCGGAAGGUAAUCAUGUUGUUCAACAAGGGACGAUAUUUUAAUUUGGGCGGUUUAUGAGUAUUUGAACGAUUUUUCAGGAAUUAUACAUUUCGUGAAUACGAGAAAAUGGCAAACAAGGUGUUCUCCAGAAGGUACUCGAGUUCAGGGUGUCUUCCAGAAAGAUACCUAGAGGAAGAAUUUUGGCAUGAAAUAGCCUUUGGGAAGACAGAGUCGGUUGAAUAUGCAUGUGAUGUUGAUGGCAGUGCCUUCUCAUCAUCGGCUAGAGAUGAGCUUGGAAAAAGCAAAUGGAAUCUGAAGGUGAUAUUUUGUUUUUUCAAUUUUUAUAUCAUCUGCCGAUGAAAUUUAAUGUUGUAGCUUUGAUGGCCCCUGUAGUCAGAAUAAAUCGGUUUUUUUUUUUGGUUCUCUUUCAGCUUAUGUAAAAACACUUGCAGGGUUAACAUUUUCUCAUGUGCACUGGCAUUGGUACUUGUAUUAGAUUUUCUGAUUAUAUUGGUUGUAUCUCUGGCAUUGGUACUUGCCUUUCUAAUCGGGCUUCUUCAUUAAGAAAUCAGUCUCUGAUCAAAGUUGAAGAAGAAUAGAUGCGAACAUGUCUUCUUCUACAAAAAUACAUCAGAACAAAUUUAUGGAUCCGGAGAAAGAAGAUGCUUCUAGUUAAAAAAAUAAAUAAAAUUAUGCCUUAAAUUUUAUGGAUCUGAAGUUGGGUUGUCUCUGUGGCCAUCUACCGACGAAGUAUCCUUCUUAAUAUUCUUCACCUUAUGUAAAAACACUGGCAUUUGUACCUGAUGCUUGUUUUACCUCAGACCUCUACUAGUAUUACAUUUAAAAUUUUGUGUUCCCUUUUUUCUUCUGGUAAUCCAUUACUUAUCCUCCUUUUGUGCAUUGCGGGCAGAAACUUUCCCGUCUACCGAGGUCAAUUCUGAGGCUUCUGGGAACAGCUAUACCGGUAAAUUAUUUUUUCUGGCUUUUGAAGUUCAAUAACUGUUACAUCAGUUACGAUUGCAGCUUUUGAGUAUGUUAUUUCUAACAACCGUGUUUUCUUUUCAGGGAGUGACUGAUCCCAUGCUUUACAUAGGAAUGCUAUUCAGCAUGUUUGCUUGGCAUGUAGAGGACCACUAUCUCUACAGGUAAUUUUAAAAGAUGACGUAAGAUCUUUUUAUUCUCAAUCUUGUAUUUUUAUCAUUCCGAUUGGUUCCUACCUCUGUGCUUGAUUGUUGUCACUUCGGAGUAGAGAAUGCAGUUGGCUAACAUGGAAUUCAGUCAUCUUAUUCUUGAUUAUGACUGAUAUUCAUGUUGUUACUUUUUCCUACCAGCAUUAAUUAUCAUCACUGUGGAGCCUCAAAAACAUGGUAUGGGAUUCCUGGGAAUGCUGCUCUCCAUUUCGAGAAGGUCGUGCGGGAGACGGUCUAUUCUCAUGAAAUUUUAUCAAGCAACGUAGAUGAUGCAGCAUUUGAUGUUCUUCUCGGGAAAACAACCAUGUUUCCACCAAACAUUUUGCUCGACCAUGGUGUCCCCGUCUAUAAAGCCGUACAGAAACCUGGGGAAUUUGUCAUCACCUUUCCUCGGGCAUACCAUGCAGGUUUUAGCCACGGUAAGAAAUGUUUCAUGCAUAAUUGUCUUCUCCCCCGAGAUUGAAAUAUUAACUUCCUUGACUAAAUAUGCACUAUCUUAUGAUCAACUUUCAGGUUUUUAAUUGUGGCGAGGCGGUCAAUUUGAUUCAUAUCUGAUAUUUCAUGCAUAAUUGUCUUCUCCCCCGAGACAUAAAUAUUAACUUUCUUGACUAAAUAUGCACCACCGUAUGAUCAACUUUCAGGUUUUAAUUGUGGCGAGGCGGUCAAUUUUGCGAUUGGCGAUUGGUUUCGACUAGGAGAAAUGGCUAGUCAGCGGUAUGCACUCCUCAAUAGGGUGCCACUUCUGCCUCACGAAGAACUUCUCUGUAAGGAAGCAAUUAUUCUCCACAAUAGAUUCUCUGAUCCCAAGGACCGAGCCUUUUCAAGUGAAGACGUGGUUUCACAUAAAACCGUCAAAGUUUUAUUCGUGCAAAUGAUGCGAUUCCAGCAUCGUGCUCGCUGGUCCCUGACGAAAUCUGGAGCACGAUCAUAUUAUUCCCCAAAUUCUCAGGGAACCAUUCUUUGUGGCAUCUGCAAGCGUGAUUGCUAUCUAUCUUAUGUCACAUGCAACUGCCAUGAACAUCCCAUCUGUCUUCGCCACGGUAGGAUUCUAACAUCGCCUUCUACAGUUUCCAUCACUUUUCGCAUACAAUCAUUUUUGGGAUUAUUAACGUCUACAUAUUUCCUGUUUAUGAGCUUUCAGAGACUGAGAUGGUCAACUGUCAAUGUGGUCGAAAUCGUGCCGUCUUUUCUCGGGAGGAUAUCUUUGAAAUGGAAACUGCAUCUCAGCGGUUUGAACAGGACGAGGGAGUACUUGCAGAGAUGGAGAGACAGAUCGGAAGUAAUGAUGAAACCCUAAUGUGGCGAUAUUUCUCACCUGGCAGCAGAGAGGAUGGCUAUGUUCCAUAUUGUGGUAUCAAUAUUGAAGUGGGCUUCAAAGAUCUAGAGCAAUCUCAUCACCGAUCACUUGAUUUUGUUUCAAUAUCAAAAAAAGGCAUCUAUUCAGAUAACGGCAGUGACUUAGUUAAAGAUGAUGGUUCGCCAGAAUAUAUCUACUCAUUUGGGACUUCAAAUGUUUCUUCUGCAUUGAAGCCUGACAGAAGAAGAUCUUCAUUUAAUGAUGAAGUAAGUGUUUACAUUCUACUAGAUUCAUCUAAUUCCUUUUGACUUUGGAUAAUUGUUGCAUCAAUAAAGGCGCGGAUGCGCUGGGCAUUAUUUACAUCUUCCUCCUUAUGUGGCACGCAGGGUUCUUUCUAUAAAGCGUUGACCAAUGGAGAUGAGGUGUGCAGAGAGGGGUCAGGCAGCGCCGAUUACUGUGUUCAAUCAUCUAGCAAGUGCUCGGGAACCAAUUCCUGUUCUCCAUUCAGAGAGAUCUUCCAAGAGAGUGACGACUCUGAUUCUGAGAUAUUUAGGGUGAAGCGUCGGUCCACUUCCAGAGAAGAGCAGAAAUCCUCCUCCAGUCUCUUGAACUCCGACUUCUCUGAGCAACAGGUUUGACUUUUUAUCUUUUUUUUUUCAUUAGGAUUUUUGUUUGAUGUUCUUAUUUAUCUUAUAGGAGAAGUUUUAUCGCAGCCCGCGUUUCUUGUUUUUCAAUGUAUUAAAUACCAAAAAAAAUUUAAUUCAGUCAAGAGCUUGCCUUUAUGGUGAUGUUUUGAGCAGAUAACUCCCAGUGAAAACUUCCAGUUGGCUGUACUAAUGAGCCCACUAGGCCAAAGAACCACUAAUAUAUUGACCUAGUGUGGUUGUCCCCUCUCUCUCUCUCUCUCUCUCUCUCUCUCUACCUAUCUAUCCAUCUCUUGCUUUAGAUCACUCACAGGGUUUAAGCAUUGCUGAUAGCCUCCUGGUGUUGCUCUCCAUGAUGGAAUGCAUGUUCAUGAGCUGCACCCUCUCUUGUUUCAGGGACUGAAACGCCUAAAGAAGCUGAACCCCGGGGGUAGGCCGGCGGUCGGCGGUGGCAGUGGCGGUGGCGGUGCCACUGCCACCAGCAGCGUCCAUCCCAGAGAAGCUGUCCCUCCUCUUGUCAAGAAGAAGACCUGUGCUCGGCCCAAACAGCCGCAGCCAUGGGUCUGGAGUGAGCCCACCCCCAGGGAGCAUUCUCCCAUCGGAGGUGGGCAGCGGCGGACCAAGGUCAGAGGCCCCUCGGAGGGAGAAUCCGGCUCGAGGUGGUUCUGGUGA